AUGGUGCCGCAAGGGCCCCCGAACCCUCUUGGUGGAGGCCAGCCCGUCCCACCAUCCCUUUUGAGAUCGAAUUCCGGGCAUUUGGGCGGACAGGGGCCCGGGAUGCCAUCUCAAAAUGCAUUUCCCUCGUUAGUUUCCCCACGUAACCAGUUCAAUAACUUGAACAUGCUCGGCAAUAACAACGUUUCAUCAUUGCUACACCAGUCGUUUGGUAAUGGGGGCCCGGGCAGCUCUCAUCAUGGGCUUGUCGACGGUGGGCCCGACUCUAUCGUGGGGAAUGGGAUGGGUUUCACUACCCCAACCACUUCCUAUCUCUCUGCACCCGUCACAACCAAUCAGACCCCAUCCAGUCAGGUUCAGGGGCAACAGCACCAGUUCGCAAACACAUCUGGGAUGUUGACGGCCGGCCACCAGCAACAGAUCCAAAAACAGCUCGACUCGCAAAAUUUUCAACAUAACAAUAGUAGUAAUCAGCAGCAACAGCAGUUUCAGGGGAUGCGGCCUGGUCUGGGACCUGUGAAGCUCGAGCAGCAAACGUCAGCCAAUGAGCAAGCAUCACAGCAGCAAUUUCAGGCUCUGAGGAGCAUGGGUUCGGUUAAAAUGGAGGCACAACAGAUGCAGAGCAUGGGUGGUAUGGGUACCGUAAAAAUGGAAUCACAGCAGAUACCGAGCAUGAGGGGCUUGGGUCCCGUCAAAUUAGAGCCCCAACAUUCCGACCCGUCUUUAUUCUUGCAGCAGCAGCAACAACAGCUGAUUAGACAGUCGUCUCAAGCGGCAGCAGCAGCUCAGAUUUUGCAUCAACAGAGGCUCAUACAGAUGCAACAUCAGCAGCAACAGCAGCAGCUUCUGAAAGCCAUGCCUCAGCAAAGGUCCCCAAUCCAACAACAGCAGCAGCAGUUUCAACAGCAGAACCUGUCAAUUAGGUUUGUUGCUUCAGCCCGUCAGCUGGCCAAAGCUUUGGAAGUUCCAUUGGUAAAUGAUUUGGGAUAUACAAAGAGAUAUGUGCGAUGCCUGCAGAUAUCAGAAGUGGUGAAUAGCAUGAAAGAUCUUAUUGAUUACAGCCGUGAAACUGGUUCAGGCCCUAUGGAAAGCUUGAAGAAAUUCCCUCGAAGAACAAACCCGUCACCUGCAUUUCAAGGCCAAAGUCAUAGUCAACAGCAAGAGGCGGCCCAGCUACAUCAGCAGCAGCAAGCAAUGGGCCAAACGGCCCAAACCUCAAACAACGAUAACCCCAUCCAGCCCACAAGUGCCAAUAAUACUACCGUACACUCAGCUGGGCCCACUACUCCAUCCACCGGGACCAUCGCCAAUCUCCUCCAUCAGAAUUCAAUGAACUCUCGGCCCACCCAAAACUCAAUACCCGGCCCAAAUAACACCUCUUAUGGAGGCAACACCGUGCAGAUGCCUUCCCCCGGUGGCUCAUCAUGCACCAUGCCGCAGGCUAACCCCACUCCUUCCCCUUUCCAUUCCCCAACACCAUCCUCGUCCAAUAACAACAACAACAACAAUAAUAAUAAUCCUCGUCCAGUAGCAAGCACGGUGAAUUCGCCGAAUAUCCCGGGUCAACAACAAAGCCUUCUUUCUAAUGAUGCGAACGAUGCAAACGACCCCCAGAGCUCGGUCCAGAAAAUCAUACACGACAUGAUGAUGUCAUCAUCCCAGAUGGGAUUGGGUUCGAUGGGAAACGACAUGAAGAAUAAUGUGAAUGGAGUUUUGUCGUCAGGUUCAGGCGGCAAUGUUCUCAUGGGAAGUGGUGUUGGUAAUGGUGGUGGUAUGGGGGUUUCUGGCUUUGGAGGUAUGCAGAAUGGGCCGGGCCAGUCGGUCUUGGUCAACGGGAUCCGGGCAGCCCUUGGUAAUAAUAACGGGCGGGUGGGGAUUGGUCGGGAACAGGGGAUUAUGAAUCCACAGCAACAGGAUAUGAGUAGUAGCCAGCUACUUGCUGGUCUUGGGGCGGUCAACGGUUUUAACAACCUACAGUUUGAUUGGAAAACAUCUCCAUGA